AUAUAAGCUCAUUUGAAGAUCAAACGUAGCGAGAUUCGUGACGGUUACGAGUGCGUGAUACUUUGCACAAUGUAACGUAAUGCAACGCAAUAUCAUCCGGCAAAUAUAUGGACGUGCGAAACAAAAGCCUCGGUUGUCGUGUCGUAAACGCGUGGUGCAGUGGUGAUAAGUCGAAACGACGCAGUUCGUGCUUAUUUCGAUCCCCGUAGUGGCCGGUCGUGUAGUGUCGACUGGUGUUUCGCGGUUUCACCGGCGUGACCUCAACGAUUUACGCCGGUAACAAUAAUCCCCAGUGAAAAUGCGACGGCAUAUCUGAACGUGACGAACGCGCGAUCGCCUCUCGUUGCGCAUCAACUGCGACGACAAAAUCAUUGUGUAACAAUAUCGACCGCGCGCGACAAACAAACGAACGAACGAACGGACGGCGAGCAGCAGGGUAGGCGGGCGAGUCGACAAAUGAGAGUCGGCCACUUGAGAAUAUCGCGUUGCCUCGUGCAGUCGGAGUUUUCUCCGAAACUGCUGAAUCUCCCGGUCACGAGGAGGCGCCUUCAGGGCGCGAGCCUCUCCGUUCGCGAGAUUCUCGAGCGUGUCCCGGGACGUGCGUUGUGGAUGAUGAAACUUUGUGCCAAAAGCUGGAGAGACGAUGGCGGAGCGAGCGAGAGAAAGAGAGAGGGGAAGGCAGGGGAGGGAUAGAGAUGGACAGGCAGGGCCAGUGUUCGCAUUGUCUUACGCUCUCCCCUCGAUGAGAAAACCAUAUGCUUUCUCCCGUAUGUGCGCGCGCGUGCGUUACACACGUUUCCGACCACAUGUUUGCUACCACGAGCUGUUCCUUUUUGCAUAUUACCGCUACCGAACUCGACGAGUGUGUACUUGGCGUGGAUGGAAUACCGCCUCGUUCCCCGUGGGCAGAAUUCACAGGCAUUUGAAAAACAGAACCACCAGUCAUGGCCGAGUGGGCGCUACUGCGGCGGUAUACAGCGCGGCCAUUUUGGAAUACCUUACGGCCGAGGUCUUGGAGUUAGCGGGAAAUGCGUCAAAGGAUCUGAAAGUCAAACGUAUUACACCUAGACAUUUGCAACUUGCCAUCCGUGGUGACGAGGAAUUAGAUAGUCUCAUUAAGGCAACUAUUGCAGGAGGAGGUGUCAUUCCACAUAUCCAUAAAUCGCUGAUUGGCAAGAAGGGUUCGCAGAAGCCAGCAUAAUUUACAGUAACAUUUAUUACAAAAUUACAAUUGACGUACAUCUCGAGAUUCAUGGGUGAACGGGACGAAUGGAGAGCGAGCGGUCGAGUGAUCGUUGACAAAGUGUACCUACAUUACUGAAUCGAUAGCGAGGCUGGCGUGAUAUAUAUAUAUAGAUACAUAUAAAUAUAUAUAUAUAUAUAUAUAUAGAUAUAUAGAUAUAUAAAUAAAACAGAUAUUGAUAUAAUUUAAUAUAGGUAAAGAGAUGAAAAAAAGAAAUGAAUGAAAAGAUAGAUGAACAUCAUACAAUUGGCAAACAGGAAAAACAGAGAGUGAAAGAGAAUGUGUGAGAGAGGAAGGGAGGGAUUGGAAGGAAGGAGGAAGCGAAGAGUAAGAGAGAGUCCAUUUUAGGAGACGCGUAGUAAAUUUGUAGUGUUUCGCGAGCGAUGCGUUAUAGCAUGGCUCGCUCUGAGAGACGCAGUCUUUGGUACAGUUUGCAAUUGACGAACAUUGUGAAAACCGCUGGAGGUAUCUGGAGGCACGCAGAAGUGUCUUCGAUCAAUCAUCUCGAUUACUUACGACACACCGACGACGAAACUAUCGAUGCUUUGUAUUGAGUCGCCAUCGCCUUGAAUCGUCUCGUCUUACUUUUCUUAAGUGUCGCACCAAAAGAGCGUGACAUUCUCUUUUAUUAUUAUUAUUAUUAUUAUAAUCACACAAUCACACUCAUGAGCGAUAACUUGUUUCACGACGUAUGGUACGACAUGUGCGUAACGUUCAGUUCAUGACUUAUUCUCGUAUAUGAGUUGCGGUAUAUUUUAAAUGUGUUGCACACGUUCUAUAUCUUAGCGUAUGGUGAGUUUCGAGAGCACAUAUAUUUUUGGAUUAAGCAGUAAAGAUUUCCUUAUCGACGAAAUUCGUCAGAGCGAUGAAACAACAAAAUAAUCGAACGGAGCGAUAUUUACCUUCGCGACUUGCUGCGUUAGUUUUUGAGUGACCACUCGGCCAAAUAUGUAUGGUGCAAAGGUGAACGAUCAAGUUUCCAGUCUUCUCGAUCUGCUGCCGAUUAGAUACAUCGAUCUCUUCGCACAUUUAUGAGUCCCGAGAUACUUUGCGCUUUUCACCUGUUAGAGUCACUGUUGUAACGGUAUAGAGAGAUCUGAUAAGAGUUUGGACAUUUGAAAGUUUGACUGAUCGAUACAACUGUAUAUAGCGUUUCUAAUUGAGUGUAGAAAUUUCCACGUCAACGAGCAUUGUGUUUUACAAACUGGAGUUCUUUCGGGAAUGUAAACGAGGCUUUCGUUUCGGUAAAGCCAGAUUAUAGACUGUUAAGUUUUGUUUUGCAGAUUCGAAGGUCCGGCCUCGACUGUUGUAAAAUAACGCGAGAUAAUAAUAGAGGCAGUUUGACGCCCGAAAGUUUAUUAGCGUAUGCGAGAGAACGUGCUGAAUUUUUUUUAUUUUCGCUCCGGUCAUUUUUCUUUUGUUUUAACGUUUGUCAGUUCUUCGUUAUCUGUACGAUUUCGUAUAAUUUUUACUGUAUCUACGGUAUUGCACCGUACGUUAAACAUCAGCCAUAUGUAAAGCGUUCAUUCACAUAAUAAUAAAGAUAAAUUUUAUUACGAAA